AUGUGUGGUAUCUUUGCAGCCUUCAAACAUGAUGAUAUUCAUAGUUUCAAACCAAAAGCUCUUCAAUUAUCCAAGCGGAUCAGACACCGUGGACCAGAUUGGUCCGGUAACGCUGUUAUGAAUUCCACCAUCUUCGUUCAUGAGAGGUUGGCUAUUGUUGGUUUAGAUUCUGGUGCCCAACCGAUCACUUCAGCUGACGGUGAAUAUAUGCUUGGUGUUAAUGGUGAGAUCUACAACCACAUCCAACUAAGAGAGGAGUGCUCUGAUUACAAGUUUCAAACUUUUAGUGACUGUGAACCCAUCAUACCAUUGUAUUUGGAACACGAUAUUGAUGCUCCAAAAUAUUUGGACGGUAUGUUUGCGUUUUGCAUAUAUGAUGCCAAGAAAGACCGUAUCGUCGCUGCAAGAGAUCCUAUUGGUGUUGUCACUUUAUAUAUGGGACGCUCUUCUAAAUCUCCUAAGACUGUUUACUUUGCCUCUGAACUAAAAUGUUUAACCGACGUUUGUGAUAGUAUCAUUGCAUUCCCACCAGGUCAUGUCUAUGAUUCUCAAACUGACAAGAUUACUCGUUACUUCACCCCAGAUUGGUUGGAUGAAAAACGUAUUCCAUCUACACCAGUUGAUUAUCUUGCCAUUAGACACAGCUUAGAAAAAGCCGUUAGAAAGAGGCUUAUGGCUGAGGUUCCAUACGGUGUUCUAUUAUCUGGUGGUCUAGACUCUUCUUUGAUUGCCGCAAUUGCUGCUCGUGAAACGGAGAAGGCUAACGCAGAUGUCAACGAAGAAUCCAGUGUUGACGAGAAGCAACUCGCAGGUAUCGACGACCAAGGUCAUUUACACACAUCCGGUUGGUCACGUCUGCACUCGUUUGCAAUUGGUCUACCAAAUGCGCCUGAUUUACAAGCUGCUAGAAAAGUUGCCAAAUUCAUUGGUUCUAUUCAUCAUGAGCACACCUUCACAUUACAAGAAGGUUUGGAUGCCUUGGAUGACGUGAUCUACCAUUUGGAAACUUAUGACGUUACCACUAUCAGAGCUUCCACUCCAAUGUUCUUGUUAUCUAGAAAGAUCAAGGCUCAAGGUGUCAAGAUGGUUCUUUCCGGUGAAGGUUCAGAUGAAAUAUUCGGUGGUUAUCUAUAUUUCGCACAAGCCCCUUCUGCAGCAGAAUUUCACACAGAAUCCGUGCAACGUGUCAAGAACUUGCACUUAGCUGAUUGUUUGAGAGCCAACAAAUCUACUAUGGCAUGGGGUCUGGAGGCUCGUGUUCCAUUCUUGGACAAAGACUUUUUGCAACUGUGUAUGAAUAUUGAUCCGAAGGAUAAGAUGAUCAAACCAAAGGAAGGAAAAAUCGAAAAGUACAUUUUAAGAAAGGCCUUCGACACAACAAAUGAACCCGAUGUUAAGCCAUACCUGCCAGAAGAAAUCCUAUGGAGACAAAAGGAACAAUUUUCAGACGGUGUCGGUUACUCAUGGAUCGACGGUCUAAGAGAUACUGCUGAAAGAGUCAUUUCAGACACCAUGUUCGCGAAUCCAAAGGCUGAUUGGGGCGAUGACAUUCCAACUACCAAGGAGGCUUAUUGGUACAGACUGAAGUUUGAUGCUUGGUUUCCUCAAAAGACGGCUGCCAAUACCGUCAUGAGAUGGGUACCCAAGGCCGACUGGGGUUGUGCUGAAGAUCCCUCAGGUAGAUAUGCCAAAAUUCAUGAAAAGCACGUCGGUGCUUAA